CCUUCACGAUCUUGAGCUGCCAUCACUCACCUCCCACCCAACCCAACCCAAACUCAUCACUUCCCUCUCAACUCCCAAGCAAGCGAAAAGAAGCGAUUGUGCAAGUUAAUAAUGGCGGCACCGCCCACGAUGGUGGCCGCGGCGAGGCCGGCGGGCGGAGGCGGGAGCCUGUACGAGGCGCUGCGCGUGGGGCGCGCGGCGACGCAGGUGGAGAUCAGGACGGCGUACCGCGCCAUGGCCAAGCGCCUCCACCCGGACGUCGUCGUCUCCUGCUCCUGCGCCGGAGCCGGAUCAGGAGGAGGGCCCGAGGCGUUCUUGGAGAUCCGGAGGGCGUACGAGACGCUGUCGGACCCGGCGGCCAGGGCGCGCUACGACAGCUCGCUCGGCGUCUUCCGCGGCGCCGGCAACGGCGGGAUGAUGCGGGUGCGGAGGUGGGAGACGGACCAAUGCUGGUGAUCGAUCCGAAUCAAGACAUUGCCUGCAUCCGUGAUCCAUCCCAGAGAAGCUAGCGUGAAUAGAUGGAUCUUGGAUCUAUCUUCGGCUUCGGCGUUGGGUAGCAGUACUAGUAGUAGGCUCGUAGUAUUUCCGCUUGUUUUUUCUUUUAAGCAUAGUAGUGCCACUUGUUGGUAUUGCAGAUGAAGCAGCUUUUUGUGAAUAUACAGGCUUGCAAAUUCUUACAAAUUCUCUUUAGCAUCAGGUACCAAGUCUUCUCGGAGAAAACAAAACAAAGAAGAAGUUCAGUCUUCGGGGCUCUCUUUUUCUCGAGCUGGCCUUCGGGCCCUUUUGUUUCACAUGUUCAACCUCCAACAACAUGGGAAUGGAAAAAAAAAUACAGGAAGUCUCGUGCUUUCUUAAAUCAUGUA